AUGGCUAAUCGACAAAUCACACGGCGCAUCGUCAUCAGCGCAGCGAUCUCCAUACUGAUCGUAUUUUUCCUUUUCAUCCGACCUCAGGGACCACCGAGCCCUGCCAUCCGAGCACCCGGUCACAUCACGCAUAAUGCGCCAUCUACGGGAAUCACAAUCCAGGAAGAGACAUUGAAGGGGGAUGUCGUGAUGCCAAAACUAGGCAAUGCAACGGCAAAGGCUGAACUCGGACGCGCGACAUGGAAAUAUUUCCACACGGUCAUGGCUCGAUUCCCCGAAAAGCCAACGGAGGAUCAACAAGAAGCUCUGCGGUCGUAUAUCCUCCUCUUCGCUCGACUAUACCCUUGUGGUGAAUGCGCUGAACACUUCCAGCAACACCUGACCAAGUACCCACCGCAAGUGUCCUCGCGCAAAGUCGCAGCAGGGUGGGGCUGCUUUAUUCAUAAUGAGGUUAACGCUAUGCUGGAGAAGCCGGAAUUCGACUGUAGCAACCUGGGCGCUUUCUAUGAUUGCGGAUGUGCCGAAGAUGAGGAGGGUGAGGGUGAGGGCAAGGGAAAGGGCGGGGGUAAUGCUGGUCACGCUGCCACGAGCACGGACGCAAAACACGAUCCCGCCCAUGAUCACUUGGCUGUGGAGAUCUCAAAAGAACCGUAA